UCCCCCUCUUGAAAUACAGCAACAGCACCAUUCAUUCUUAUAUACCUUCACGGCUUCACUCAUCUCACUAUCACAACGCCUACACCUAAUGGAAACCACCUCCUGCAUCGACUCGUCCUCCACCACCAUCGACCUCCCCUCCCCUCCCCUUCAACGCAUGAGCAGCGGCGUCAGCGCUGUCACCAGCCCCGGCGCUACCACGAUCUCUUCCGAACACUCCACCGAAGCAGAGUCCAAAAAACUCCCCUCUUCCCAAUACAAAGGCGUCGUCCCCCAACCCAACGGCCGCUGGGGGGCUCAGAUCUACGAAAAGCACCGCCGCGUCUGGCUCGGCACCUUCAAUCUCGAACAAGACGCUGCCCGGGCCUACGACCUCGCCGCUCAACGCUUCCGCGGCCGCGACGCCAUCACCAACUUCCCCCCUCUCUCCCUCUCCUCCGAUCCUCACCAACUCUCCUUCCUCCUCUCCCGCUCCAAAGCAGAAGUCGUCGACAUGCUCCGCAAACACACUUACCUCGACGAGCUUCGCCACUCCCCUCCCCUCUCCUCCCCCAACCAUCCACCCAUCCUUUCCACCAAGCCCGCGCGCGAGCACCUUUUCGACAAGGCCGUCACGCCCAGCGACGUCGGCAAACUCAACCGCCUCGUCAUCCCCAAACAGCACGCGGAGAAGCAUUUUCCGCUUUCCGAUGGAGCGAAGGGCGUUUUGCUGAACUUUGAGGAAGGGGGCGCAGGUGGGAAAGUGUGGAGGUUUCGUUAUUCGUACUGGAAUAGUAGCCAGAGCUACGUACUUACCAAGGGGUGGAGUCGCUUCGUUAAAGAGAAGGGAUUGGUCGCCGGAGACUUGGUUGGCUUCUACCGUUCUAAGGGCGAGGAGCGGCAGCUUUACAUUGAGUGCAAGCCGCGAAGCGGCGAAGGCGGGGGAGUGCAGAUGUUAAGGCUUUUUGGGGUGAAUAUAGUGAAGGCGUCGGCGGCGGCAGUUGUCGGAAGCUUGAAUCUGAAUAGGAAGAGGAGUUUGGAAGGUAUUGAAGUGGGCUUGUUCAAGAAGCAAUGCGUUGGGGGUUUGUAGGGGGAGAAUUCUUUUUGUUUUUUCUUUGAUGUAUAUCGAUCGAUGUUGCAGGUUGCAACUUAGCUUGCAAGUGUAUAUUGUUAAUUAGUUUCAGUUCUCUCCUCUCUAACUUAUUUUUUAUGUUUUUUCUUAAGCAGAAAGAUGAUUUGUGAUCAAGUGUUAGCAUAAUAUGCCUAUAUAUGGUUCAAUCCGAGGUGCUUAAUUUAUAGCUUUGAGGGCAUGAAUUUUAUAUAAAGCAACGUUAUUGA